GCACAAAUCGUGGUUUGAGGUUAUGUUGUCACACUUUUAAAAUUUAAAUUAUAGGGCGAAUUUUGGACAAAAGUGUCUACAUAUAGAUACAAAAUGCGCCCUUUGCAACUAACCUUCGCCAUAAUUAAACCUCACGUGGUUAAGCAACCCCUGGUCUUAGAAACAAUCAGAGACAUGAUCCUAACCUCAAAUUUCAAAGUGGUGAAAACGCGACGACACGCGUUCACGUUGAAAGAAGCCGAGUUGUUCUACGAGGAACACAGGAACAAGUUUUUCUAUAACAGAUUGGUCACUUUUAUGACCAGUGGGCCUUCUGAUUUCUACAUUUUAGCCAGAGACGACGCUAUUAAGGAGUGGCGGAAGUUAAUGGGCCCCACGAAGGUGUUCAAGACGCAAUUUGAAGCCCCCGACUCAAUCAGAGGACAGUUUGGCUUAUCAGACACCAGAAACGCCACACAUGGCUCAGAUUCUCCAGAGUCCGUUCGCAAAGAAGUCGGCCUGUUUUUCCCACACUUUGACAUAGAAAAUUGGUACCAAGAAGAGGAGCCAAAAUUCAGAGCAAACCAACUCGAAUUUAUCAGAGAAUUUUUUAUACACAAGGUGAUUGAAGACGCAAGAACUGUUAAGAAAACUGAAUAAAUUGAACUAUAACAUGCACAA